CGCCGUACGUGAGCGGAGCGGGGAGCUGGGUUCAAAGGAGGAAACAUGGCGGAAAACAAAGGAGGCGGCGGCGGCGGGGAGGGGGCUGCGGAGGCCGGGCCGGGAGGAGGCGGCGGCGUGGAGCCCGCGGCCGCCUCCCCCUCGGCCGCCGUCCCGCCUGAGGAGCGGGAGAGUCCCGUGGCGGCGGCGGCGGUGGAGCGCGGUCUCGGGGAGGCCGAAGCCGAGGCAGCGGCGGCCGGGCCCGGUGUCGUUCCAGGGCCUGGCCCCAGCCCGGUGCCUCCGCUGACACCGGCGGCGCCGGGGCCGUUCUCGCUGCUGGACACAUGCGCCGUCUGCGCGCAGAGCCUGCAGAGCCGGCGGGAGGCCGAGCCGAAGCUGCUGCCCUGCCUGCACUCCUUCUGCCGGCGCUGCCUGCCUGAGCCCGAGCGGCAGCUCAGCGUGCCCGUGCCCGGCGGGGCGAACGGCGACGUCCAGCAAGUUGGUGUAAUCAGAUGUCCCAUAUGCCGCCAAGAAUGCAGACAGAUAGAUCUGGUGGAUAACUACUUUGUAAAAGACACGUCAGAAGCACCAAGCAGCUCUGAUGAGAAAUCAGAACAGGUGUGUACAAGCUGUGAAGAUAAUGCUAGUGCUGUUGGAUUUUGUGUAGAGUGUGGGGAAUGGUUGUGCAAGACUUGCAUAGAAGCUCAUCAGCGAGUAAAAUUUACUAAAGAUCAUAUGAUCAGAAAAAAAGAGGAUGUUUCUUCAGAGGCCGUGGGAGCAUCUGGUCAACGUCCUGUUUUCUGUCCUGUCCACAAACAAGAGCAGUUAAAACUUUUCUGUGAAACAUGUGACAGGCUGACAUGCAGAGACUGUCAGUUACUGGAACACAAAGAACACAGGUAUCAGUUUCUGGAAGAAGCUUUUCAGAACCAGAAGGGUGCAAUUGAGAACCUAUUGGCCAAACUUCUAGAGAAGAAGAACUAUGUAAAUUUCGCAGCUGCCCAAGUUCAGAAUAGGAUAAAAGAAGUAAAUGAAACAAACAAACGGGUGGAACAGGAGAUCAAAGUGGCUAUAUUCACCCUCAUCAAUGAGAUCAAUAAAAAGGGAAAAUCCCUCUUACAGCACCUUGAGAAUGUAACAAAGGAGAGACAGAUGAAGUUAAUACAACAACAGAAUGACAUCACUGGUCUUUCCAGACAAGUGAAGCAUGUGAUGAACUUUACCAAUUGGGCUAUUGCAAGUGGGAGCAGCACUGCUUUGCUAUACAGUAAACGGCUGAUAACAUUCCAGUUACGGCAUAUUUUAAAGGCACGUUGUGAUCCCGUCCCGGCUGCCAAUGGAGCAAUCCGCUUCCAUUGUGACCCUACGUUCUGGGCCAAGAACGUUGUCAAUUUAGGUAACCUUGUCAUUGAAAAUAAACCAACUCCUAGUUACACUCCUAAUGUAGUGGUUGGACAAACUGCUUCAGGAACAAACCACGUCAACAAAGCUCCAGGACAAAUCAAUCUAGCGCAGCUUCGCCUUCAGCAUAUGCAGCAGCAGGUGUAUGCACAAAAGCAUCAGCAAAUGCAGCAGAUGAGGAUGACACAGCCAACUGGGUCAGUUCCCAGGCAGACGAGUCCACAAGUCAUACAGCAGCAGCCUCCCAGGUUGAUCAGCAUGCAGACCAUGCAGAGGGGUAACAUGAACUGUGGGGCUUUCCAAGCACAUCAGAUGAGAAUGGCUCAGAAUGCUGCUCGUAUACCAGGAAUACCACGCCACAAUGGACCACAAUACUCCAUGAUGCAGCCUCACCUUCAAAGACAACAUUCUAACCCUGGGCACGCGGGGCCUUUUCCAGUUGUUUCUGUGCACAACACCACUAUUAAUCCAACCAGUCCCACUACAGCAACAAUGGCGAGUGCAAACCGUGGUCCAACAAGUCCGUCUGUUACUGCAAUUGAACUCAUUCCUUCUGUGACAAACCCUGAGAACUUACCUUCCCUGCCAGAUAUCCCACCCAUCCAGCUUGAAGAUGCUGGUUCUAGUAAUUUAGAUAACCUUCUAAGUAGAUAUAUCACAGGCAGCCACCUACCCCCACAACCCACAAGUACCAUGAAUCCCUCCCCAGGACCUUCAGCUCUAUCGCCAGGGUCAUCAGGUUUAUCCAACUCCCACACUCCUGUAAGGCCACCUAGUACUUCCAGCACAGGGAGCAGAGGAAGCUGUGGCUCCUCAGGCAGAACUGCUGAGAAAACGAGCAUUAACUUCAAGUCUGACCAAGUGAAAGUCAAGCAAGAGCCAGGGAUGGAAGAAGAGAUAUGUGGUUUCUCAGGAACAGUUAAACAGGAGAAAACAGAGGACGGCCGAAGGAGUGCUUGCAUGCUUAGCAGUCCUGAGAGCAGCUUGACACCACCACUCUCCACUAACUUGCAUCUGGAAAGUGAAUUAGAAGCAUUAGGAAGUCUUGAAAAUCAUGUAAAAACUGAACCAGCAGAUUUAAGUGAAAGCUGCAAACAGUCUGGACAUAGCCUUGUAAAUGGAAAAUCCCCGGUGCGGAGUUUAAUGCACAGAGCAGCAAGAGUUGGAGGAGAAGGCAAUAACAAAGAUGAUGAUCCAAAUGAAGACUGGUGUGCUGUAUGCCAAAACGGAGGGGAUCUGUUAUGUUGUGAAAAGUGCCCAAAGGUGUUUCACCUGACUUGUCACGUACCGACACUCCUCAGCUUUCCAAGUGGAGAGUGGAUAUGUACGUUCUGCAGAGAUCUGAGCAAACCAGAAGUAGAAUAUGAUUGUGACAAUUCACAACACAGCAAGAAAGGGAAAACAGCACAAGGCCUGAGUCCUGUGGACCAAAGGAAAUGUGAACGUCUCCUGCUUUACCUGUAUUGUCAUGAGCUGAGCAUUGAAUUUCAAGAGCCAGUCCCAGCCUCGAUACCAAACUACUAUAAAAUCAUAAAGAAACCGAUGGAUUUAUCUACAGUGAAAAAGAAACUGCAAAAGAAGCAUUCCCAACACUACCAGACUCCUGAGGAUUUUGUGGCAGAUGUGCGAUUGAUCUUCAAGAACUGUGAAAGGUUUAAUGAAAUGAUGAAAGUUGUUCAAGUUUAUGCAGAAACACAAGAGAUUAAUUUGAAGGCUGAUUCAGAAGUAGCACAGGCAGGGAAGGCAGUUGCAUUGUACUUUGAAGAUAAACUUCCAGAAAUCUACCCAGACAGGACCUUCCAGCCUUUGCCUGAAUUUGAGCUGGAAGAGGAUGAUGGUGAAAUAACUGAGGACUCCGAUGAAGAUUUUAUACAGCCACGUAGAAAACGCCUAAAAUCAGAUGACAGACCAGUGCAUAUAAAGUAAUCUAAUGAUAUGGACCUGAAAUUUAUUGUAAAAACUGUUAUUUAAGUGUUCCUGGAAUAUUAUCAUGCCGACAGUGGCCACCUUGAAGAAGCUGAUAGCUUUUUAAACAGUAUUAGAUGACAAAAAAACCCACUUGUACAGAAAAGCAUUCUCAUCAAAAGGGGAAAAAUUAUAUUGUAAAUUUUUUGUGGUUUCUUUUUUUGUUUGGGAUUUUUUUUCUUGUUUUACUGUGUGCUUUCUUUUUGUGAUGGAGGGGACACACUCACCUUGGUCUGACAGAUAGAGGUGGAUGAACGUAGAAGAGAAGCAGAUUUGACAAAAGAUGUUCUAUUUGCAGAUAAUACUCCUUAGUAAAACGUUCCACAGCACUGGAACAACACAGAGUGUCUUGCAUUCAUUCUGGACUGCAGUGUAAACUGUAAGCAAUGUCCUUGAGCACCCCUCUUUGUAUGAACUCCAGUGUGUUGUUCGUUGCUUUUUUUUCAUCUCAUUUAAGUGGUAUUGUGAAUAACUGAUCUUUUGUGUUGAUCCAAUUACCUAUAUUUGACUUUAUUUACAACAUUUUAUGUAUAGCAAAAGGAAAAACCAGUAUCAUUAAACUGUUCUGAAUUGGCAAGUGCAGGAGUGUGAGUUCUUGACAGAUGAAAGACUAAACUGAUGGCAAGGAUCUCUUUUCAGUAGGGCUAGGUAUAUUUAUGAUGAGUCCUGUACACAGAACAUUUUAAUGGCAGAAGGCUUAGCAUCGUGUCAUCUGUCCCUGCUCCCCCUAAUGAGGCAGAAUGUCAUCUCCAGUAUUCAUCAGCUCUUUUUCUGUACUUCAGAUAUUGACUGAAGAGGUAGUAACUGGUUGGGGUGUUUUUUCCAGUCUUCCUAAAUAUCAGUUUCAAAUAGACCACUUGGCAGACAAUAACCUAGUAACUACCAAAUGUGUAAAAUUUCCUGUAUUCACUUUGUCUUAUUUGUAAAUAGUGAAUUGAGAUUUCUUGCAGAUCAGCAACAUUUGCUGACCUGUUUUUAAGCUAAUAUGUAUUCUUAUUAAUUGUUCCUAUCAAGAAAAGAUUUGUAAUAUAUGCUGUUUCUAACAUUGCAUUCAUUUUGAGGUUCUGUCUUAUUUUUAUCAGAGUACUACUCAGAACUUUCUUCAGAAGCAGUUUAGGAGCGAAAUGUCUCGAAAGAAUUGGAAUGAAUCUGUUGAUUGGGUUAUUUGUCCAUCCAUUGAACAAAGAACUUGCAGAGACCAGGAUUUGGCUUGGAGUGGUUUCUGGCCAGUAGUGAAAACAGAACAGUUUCCCUAAACCUUGUGGCAGGCACCUCUGCAGUGCCUUCCCAUUGCACACUGCCUUCGUUCCAGUAUUUCUGGUUCAAAUCAGGUCAUCACAAUGGAAUUAAAGUUUGAACAAUUGUUUUGUUUACUGACAGGCAUCCUAGAAAUAAGAACUGUAAUUUCUGGCCUUUACAUAGAUCUAAGUAAAGGAAGCUAAAGAAAUAAUGUCAUCAGCUGAGCUCAAGUUGGCAGACUAUACAUUUGCCAUGAGGUAUUGUGUGACUGCAGCAUUUCUGUGGUAAAUCACAGGGCUUUGGGUAUACUCAGUGUAAGCAAUUCCUGUGAUGUUGUAUAAGCUUUACCAUAAUGGUAAAGGUAAAUAUUGUAGCACAGUGUAUCAAAUUGAGAUAUGCUCUCAGCAAAUUUUGUGCAAAUCACUUAAGAUUUCAUUUCUUUUAUAAGAACAAAGUAUAUGUACAUUGUGACUGUACCCCUCAUAAAAAACGAGGGAGCUGAAGGUAUUUGUACCUUCAAGCUCACUUCUUUAGAUUACACAGAUGUUAUACUUAAAACUCAGACUGGGCGGGGGUUUGUUUCAGUUCUCAGAUGCUAACAUAGUGCCAGGUUCAGCUGAGUUUUUGCCAGUUUGUAUGUGAAAGGAGAAGUAAUUCUACUUAAACAAAUUAACAAAUAGCAAAACCUUUGCCCAUAGAAAGGAUGACGUGUGAAUAGGACACUAAUAUUAACAAGGGAUCAUUUAAUAGCUCUGUGUGUUGCCUACUUACGCAUUUCUAGUUUCUCAGCUUCAUUUUGCAAAGGAAGAAUAUUAAAAUUAUAAUAAAAAUGAGAUUUUUUUGUGAAUUCUCUUCUAUCGGGGUUGCAGUUUUUAUGGCACUCAAGCAGGUUCUGUCCCUUCAGGCUUCAGCCUUUUAUCUGUUCACUUUGUAAGGCACUGGUCAUGGAUUCAAGUACUGCAGACACCGGAGCAGAGGACAAGCAUGGUGGCAUCCUAGGCUGGGCCACAGAGCUGCAGUUCAGGGGUAGCACAUGCUCCUGGCUCUUGCAGGUACCGUCUUUGGCCAUCCAGACUCAGGUGCCAGACCCCUGAGCUGAUGUCUGUUCUGGGAAUGCUUCUGACAGGUUCACUACAGCAAGGUAGAAGAAGCUCACCCACCACUUGCCAGUAUUCCACUAGCUCACUUGCAAGCCACAAGUGAGGCUGAGCUUUGACUUUGCUGAGGGUUCAAGCCCUGCUCUUGUACAUAACCCACUGAACUUUAGAAUUGGCCCUUCCAUUCAGUUAAACAGUGCUCAGGAGGUUGAAUCUUCUUGUGCAAGAAAGUGUGUUUCUUCCUUAUAAAGGAAACCAACAGUCUCUUUUAUUCUUCCCACCCCUUUAUUUUGAGCUCCCAGGACAAUUCAAUGGUUGUUUUGCAGCUAGCUAAAUUCUGUUAAUCCGUUUGCGGAUCCUCUAGUCUGUAAGUGUUCAUCACAGAGCUGGUAAGGGUUUGCUCAGUCAGAUGAAGGUUUUGGUGCCACACUGUAUGCAAUUUGUUCAAGAGCAGGUUAAUGGGGUUUAGGCUGCUGUUACUCAACAUCUUCUUUGUGCCAGAUGAUGUGUGUGCAAUAUGUGCAAGUGAUUGUGUCUCACCCUGGGAAUUAGAGCAUGGUUUACACUGAUACAACUUCUCCAGACCAAAAGUGUGGUGGGUGCACUCUUGUCCCAUCUUUGUCCUCACGGUCACAAUGUUCUAACCUGGUUACAAGAAGAUAGACUGGCACAUGCUGUUAACUGUAUGCUCUCAUUUAAGACAGUCAUGGAAAAGCCCAUUUGUGUCUCAAUUUUCUGUUAAAUGACCCUGACAUUUAAGUUAAUCCAAAGAAGAGAACUUGCUUUUGAAAGAAGAGUGAGAAGUGUACAGUAUGCUACUUGUGUGUUUCUCGAUUACCUCAGCAGGUAUCCUGCCAUGUAAUUACUAGUGAGUAGUGAUGAUUUAACUAGCUCAAUAGGUUCAGGUCUUGUAAGCUGUGCCCUGGAAUGAAGUGGUCUGUAGCACAUAAGGCAGAGUUACUAUCCCAAAAAGAUGUUCCCAACUGUUUGAAAAUAGCAAUGCUCUGUUAAAUGUUGAGAGUUGGCUUGGGGUUUGUGGGGAUGGUGCCACUGCUAGUGCAUCUGACUGUGUCUGCACACCGAGUGCUGGAUCACUGGAAUGUUUCAUGGACAUUUCUGCAGAUUUGGGUGGAUUUUAAGGACUUGUGAAAGAGAAGUCCUUAAAUUUAGGCCUUAAAAUCCACCCAGAUGGAGUGUUCUGUAUGACCGAGUUCAGCAACUGACCUUUAGAAAUUUAGGGAAUGGCAGCAGUGUUUUAAAGCUCUUGUGGAUUUGUUUUCCUUUCUUCCUUGGAAAAAGCAAUAAACCUGCUUUGUCUGUUGCCUAUUAGCAUGCCAGGCAUCCUUCCCUUUGGCUAGUGGCUUGUACGCAUGUCACCAAGUCUAGCUUUUAAAACCACAAGUGUGCAGGAGUUGUGGAGAGUGGGGCAUUUUAGUUUACGAACUGGGGAAAGUUCCAUAUUUUUCUAGCAAGAAGGUGUUUGGGUAAAAUAACUGAGGUUUCUUUUGUUAGAAACCAGUUUCUGCGCCGCAGUUUACACAGACGUAUUUCAGCAUGAAGGUUGUGUCCUUGGAUAGGGAGGGUUCCUGUUUCUCAAGGUGUGGGUGCAGUAACUCUCCCACCUUUAUUACAAAGGAACUGUUCAGUGUGCGAAAUGCAAUUCUGGCCUUUUCUACUGAGUGAUCUUCCAGCUCCAGGCUGUUCUCUUUAGGAUUUAUGGACUUUCUACACUGAGAGGUACUAAAGCAUUUUAUAAGUUUGAUUUGUUGCAGCAUCCACUCUAGAGUAAGCUACAUGUCAGAAAAGGAGGUGCAUGUCUGCUGAUGGCCUACAAACGGGGUAUUCCUUCGGUUCAGACACCAUCAAACAUGUAUAUAAGCCUAUAAAGACUUGUGCAGUUGAAAGCCUGUUUUACAUGUUAACAUGCUCAUGGAAGGGUUAAAUUCACGCCAUUCUUUGAUUCUUUCUUGCUUCCAGUAACUGAACUGGUUCUUUUUUGCACAUAGUAAACUCCUCUCAUCUUUUAAUAUGAUUCUUCAAACAAAAGUGCUGUUUCUGUGGUAUUGUAUUACCUGAAUAAUCAUAUGGAACUUUUUUUAAACCAAGUUACUGUUUCUAAUUGUUCUGUUCCUGUGUUUUUUGCUGGUGUGUAAUAAAAUAAGUUUUUCUUUACCUGGUUAUUUAAUACAUUACCUGCCUGUAAAUACUUCCUGUUAAGUGCUCUGGAAUGUGCUGUAGAAGUUGUAUUAGGUCAGUUUAAAGCAUUGUUUAAAAACCAUUUUGUUUUGGUUAUUUCUAUUAAAUUAGAGAAAUGACUCUUUCAA